AAAGAAUAAGAUUUUCCGUCAAGGCUGCAACUUCCUCCUGCGUCCAAUAGAUAAGACCCAGGUCUUUUAUUUUGAAAGCGAAGGCAGGAAGGCGGCAAGCGUCGCCUCCGUCUCUACCUACCGUCGGACAUCAUGGGCAAGGUGUACUCGCAGCCGGCUUGUCGGUUGGCGUACGCCGGCGACGUCCGCGGUCUCUCUUCGCUGGCGGCCCGCGAUCCCGACAGCGUCGACGCGCGGGACGACGUCACCGGGGACACGCCACUCAUCGCCGCCUGUCGCCGGGGCCACCUGCGGGCGGCGGCCUUCCUGAUGGAGCGCCGGGCCGAUGUGCGCGCGCGCAACAAGAAGCGGCGCACGUGCCUCCACUACGUGGCCAAGCAGAACUUUUCCCUCCUGGAUCACCUGAUCAUCCUGAUCCUGAUGCCCAUCCUCCUCCUGGGAUACUUCCUCCUGUUGCAGAAGCAGCGGCGUAACGAGGCCCUGAUGAAGCUGGUGCUGGACAGCGAAGUGGACGUCAACGCGGCCGAUUACAAAGGCAACACGGCUCUUCACUACGUUUGUCUGAGGAAACGUCACCAUUUAGUUCCCCCGCUGCUCCUCAGAGACGCCGACCCACACGUCAAGAACCACGACGACGAGUCGGCGCUGGACAUCGCCGUGAGGCUGAAGUUCACCAAAGUGGUGCGGCUGCUGAGGAAGACUCAGUGAUCGGGACUCCGGGUCGGCGGAGGGAGCCUAUCCCCGACGCGACCCGUUCGCCACGACCGGCGGCCGACUGCUCCGGUCAUUUCCUGACGUCGCCGUUUAUUAAAUGGUUAUUAAAUAUUUGCUUUUACCAACGAAGAUUGUAUGUAUAUUGUAUGUUCGAUGAUCGAUUGCGGUAAACGGACAUUUUAGUGAUCGAUAAGUACAGACGUGUUUGAAUAAUCCGCCUUAUCAUUUUAAGCGGUUUAACCCGGCCCGGGUUCCACGGGUCGCCGUCCAGGACAAGCCACAAACAUUGAGAUCUAAUCCGUCUGGGACAUUGAACAAAUCAUAUUGUUGCAAUGUAUGACUUGCCAAAUGCUAUUGCUUCAUGAAAUGUAUCCCAUGUGAUAGUUCUUGAGAUGUUUAUCAUAUAAUUGCUCUAAUCAAUAGCUGCUUGCAAUGAAGAAAUGCUUUGCUUAUUGUGCUUAUAAAGAGGGAGUGUUUUUCUUGAAGAAGCCUUGAAGACUCUAGGCAACAACAAAGACAUUUUUUGCUUGGCUGGAAUGUGCGGACACACGUGUAUUAAUCCCACCUACACGCAUACACAUCGCCAACCAAAUUCAUAGCGGUCGGUGUCGCCCGCUUUGCUCCCCAUCCCUUUAGGGUUGGCACCUCUCUUGUCACUAGGGCCGUCCUAAAUAAAAAGAGAGUGGAAGGAGGUGUUUUUUAGAACGAUUACUCAAGCUAAUUAGCUUCCUCCUUCUGCUUUCAAGUUUUUCAACUCAAUCGAGCGCCUUCUCUCCUUAUUUACGGUAAUACCGUACUGGCCCGAAUAUAAGACGGUGUUUUUUUGCAUUGAAAUAAGACUGAAAAAGAGGGGGUCGUCUUAUAUUCGCGGUCUAGACCCAUUCACGACGCUAGAUGGCGCCAGAUAUCAUUCAGAUAUCAUAAUCAUUAUUAGAUAUCAUUGAAGCGAUGUUCUGUCAUGACAGAUUAAAGUGUAAUUUGUUUCUUAAAUUGUUUUCCCGUGUUUUUCCUGUGGUUGUCGCUAUCUCACAAUGCCUGUUUUUUGCUCGUGUUGGCGAGUGAGCAACUGAGCAUUGAGCAAUAACUUUAAUCUGUGUAAUCCUUCUUUUUCCUCGCUCCUUGAUGUGCAUCCAAGCACAUCAGUAAAUGAUUACAAGUAAGUGAACUGUUAUAUAGGUGUAGUUUGUCUGUUUAGUUCCUUUUGAGACGUUUGUGGAUUCGUUAGCAUAUUAGCAUCGAUUGCUAACGGUCGCUAUCGCUAACGGAGUGGUUUAUAUGUGCAUUGUUUAUGUUUUUAUACCUUCGCAAUGCAUGUAAGAUGUGGAUGUUGCUUGACCUGUCUUAUUUCCUGUGUUGAAUUGCGAUUGUGGUAAAUUAAACUAGUAUGGGGGGAAAUUAGUAUCGGAGACUGUGAUGUCGUCAGACGGUAGUUCACGUUACGGCCGCUAGAUGACCUCAUUUGUCCAUUUAUUGUCAGCUAAAUCACUCAUCGUAUGCUUUUUAGUUAAUGUGUGCAUUUGGCUGUAUUUUCUUGAUGAAUUUGAAAUGUAUGAUAAUAAUUGAGUUUAUUCCUUUUUUUCUUGAAUUAUUUCAGACUGGGUUUAUACUUCAGGCCCUGUGGCGUUCAAUUCCUCAUUUUGUACAUCAAGGAAUAUUUUGGACAAUUUCAGGCAAAUUCAAGCCUUUCUAAAUCAACAGUGGUUUCACCGCCUUUAUUCCUGUGCUCUGACCGGCACACCGUCCUGGUUACAGUUUGUCCUUACCAUAAACUAGCCCUAGAACCUCACGAACAACACCGUUCUCUUGGGAAUUUUGGAUCCGCGGUCUGUUCCAAAGUCAUUUGCGGUCACGCCGAGACAAACGCUUCCGGUGUGGCUAUCAAAAGUUGAAAAGAAAGACCAAGUCUCCAUCGCCUUUUUAAAUGUGUUUAAUGGAGCAGCCCAUCACGAUGUCACCCGAGAAGGCUUGGUGUGCAUGAUGAUGCUACAAUUUAGGGGCAAAAAAAGAAAGACUGCGAGAACAAAGUCGUAACAUUAUUAGCGGAAAAAGGACAAGAUUUUUCCUCAUUAUAUGACAACGUAUGCCUUGUUUUUACUCUGGUAA